AUGAUAGACUUAACUUAAAAAACAAACCAACCUUGAACACCAUUUAUGGCGGAGUUUACAUAACUUAUCUUUGUGCCUUGAUUUGGAAAUACUGUUAGUUGUCAGAGGUGUGGCAAGAGGUGGGGAAAAAUAUUAAUCUGACAAAACAGCUGAGGAAAGAAUCAAGAGAGGAGCAGAACUCCAUGUCAACCAUUGCAGGUGCUGGAUUCAAUUUCUGGAGCUUCAUUAUGACUUUGCUGAGAUGCAUCCUCAUUCAGAUCCUCUUAACUUAUUCUUCCCAGAAGGAAGUGCGAGCAUGUGAAGAGCCCCCUGAUAUUGAUUUUGGCUACAUCGUAAGUGGUGAAAAAUCAGAAUACGUGGAAAGCGACAGAGUGCAGUACCGCUGCUACCCUGGGUACACUCUGAUUCAAUCCGAAUGGAUAACAUGUAAUGGAAGCUGGACCCCACCUCCAAAAUGUCUAGCCCCUUGUACUAUCACAAAGCAGCAGCUGGAAGACAAAAAUAUGUUUUUACGCAGUGGUCGAAGACGUACGGUUGUAAUUCAGAGUGCUCAGAUUAUAGAGUUUUCCUGCAGCAAAGGCUAUAAACUUACCACUCCUUCUGUCAGGGCAUGUGUUGAUGGGCACAUACACUUUCCAUUGUGUAUAUCAGAAAUGGGAAAGAAAUGUGGACACCCACCUACUAUUGCUAAUGGUGAUAUAACCACUUUUGCCCUAAAAGAGUAUGCUUCUGGCUUCUCUGUGGAAUACAAAUGCCAACGUUUUUACACACUGACAGGGCAAAAUACAUCUUUCUGUAACAAUGGAAACUGGACCAAACCACCAGUUUGUUUGGAAGUGCAAUGUGGAGUUGUUCCAAGUGUUGAGAAUGCUGUCAUCAAAGGCGAAGCAAGAGAUAGCUACAAGUCUGGUGAAACAGUACGUUAUCAGUGCCAUCAAGGUUUUAGUAUGAUUGGAGCACCAGAUAUUACCUGUAGAGGAGGGAAUUGGACCAAACCACCUACAUGUGCAGAUGGUACAUGUGCACCUCCACCUGACAUUGCUAUGGGUGGGAUUCUGGAGACGAAAAGACUGAGGUAUUUUCCUGGUGAGAGGGUGGAUUAUCAAUGUCAGCAUGGUCUGAACCUUACUGGAUCACAAACACUAACAUGUAUGGAAGGAGAAUGGUCACUAGCAGAACCACCAGAAUGCAGAGAUGCUACUGGAAAGUGUGGGCCCCCACCUACCAUUGAAAAUGGAGAUACAAUUUAUUUUGCAUUGCCAUUCUAUGAAUUAGGUUCAGUUGUGGAAUACAAAUGCAAAACUACAUAUGCACUGGUGGGAUCUCGAUUUGUUAGAUGUGACUUUGGGCAAUGGACAAAUCCACCAACUUGCAGAGAGCCAUGUGCAGCAUCUACAAACGAGAUGGAGAAAAACAAUAUUAGGCUGAAAUGGAUGCAUGGAGACAAAUUGGUUGUUUCAUCUGGAGAUGUUGUUGAAUUUGAAUGUAAACGGGGAUAUGUGAAUGAUCCAACAUCUCCUUCUUUUAGAGCUUGGUGCCUGAGGGGGGUAUUGAUUUAUCCUAAAUGUAAGCUCAGAGAAACGCUAUGUGGAACUGUUCCAAGUAUUCUUAAUGGCAUCCCAGAAGGCAGAACGAGGGAUUAUUAUGAGCCUGGUGCCACAGUGCGUUAUCAAUGCCAAGAAGGUUUUGAUAUUAGUGCAACACCAGUCAUUACAUGUCAAGCAGGGAAGUGGAGCACACCACCUACAUGUGUAGAGGGUGGUGGAAGGUGUGGGAAACCACCUGCUAUUGACAAUGGAGAUAUAACUUUCUUUCCAUUGAAUGACUAUGAUCCACAUUCAACACUAGAAUAUAAAUGCAAACAUUUGUAUGUAAUGCGGGGAUCUCAAUUUGUUAGCUGCAAGUCUGGACAAUGGACAGACCCUCCAGUUUGCAUAGAGCCCUGUACAGCAUCUGAGGAGGAUAUGGCAAAGAACAAUAUUCAGCUGAAAUGGAGUCCAGGACAUAAAUUGUAUUCCCCAUCUGGAGAUGUUAUAGAAUUUACCUGCAAAAGGGGAUAUGUGAAGGAUCCAGAAUCUCCUCCUUUUAGAGUACGGUGCCUGGAGGGGGAAUUAACAUAUCCUAAAUGUAGGCUUAGAGGUACUUCAGGAUGAAUGAAGAGAAGCAUUUAGCAGAUCAUUUUUAGCUCAAAUCUGAACAUUCAAAUUCAUUGACAGGUUUUUUGUAAUGUUUGCACACUAUACACAUUAUGUUAGCAAGAUCAUCUUUCUGAACUGAUAUAUGUAAUCACUUGUUUAUUUGUAGCCAAAACAUAUAUUGUUAAAGCUAAUGUCAAACAAAUCACAAAAUAUAUCAAGGGCUAGUAAAUAAAUUUAGACUCGAAUCAAAGGAAGGUUUUUCAUGAAAAUUGGAAAAGCUAAUUUAAAGUAAAACUGCUCACUUCUCUGCUUCCUCACCAUAUAUGGGACAAGAAGAAACACAAUUUCCCAUCAGGAUUAGAACAGGAAUGACUGGAUGUCUUACUAGAAGCUUUUGUUUUUUGAAGACUAUUUUCCAUACCAGGAAGUUUGGGAUAUGUAAAUAUGAGCAUAGAGGCAUUUUGAAGUUUGUCUCAUUUUAUUAACAGCUGUUCAUGUUUUUGUCUAAAUACUUUUGCCGAGGCAGGGGCAGAGAAGAAUUUAUUAGAAUCUGCACAAAUUAGAAUAAAAAUUAUAGAAAGAGAAAGGGAACAUUGCUGGAUGCUACGUUGUCCUAGCUGCCUGCGGAGGGUUCAGGAUUGAGAGUAUGGUCGGGGUAGAAAGGUAAGAAAGGUUUAUUGACUUAACAAAAACACAACUACGCAUGGUAACAAGACAAACAAUGGCAGACAAAAAUAAUUCAUGUUGGCAAGUUAUCGGCAGUUCCCUCUGAUGCCUGAUGUAUGACAAGUUUCUCUUUCCACAAAGCUCAGCAAAGUCAGGCGUCCCUGAUCAGUGCUGUCCAAGAGGAAGGACCCUGGUAUUCAGUCCUUGGGCUCCUCGCGAUCCAUGGGCCCACUGAUCCAGGUCAAUAGCUAACUAAUCCUUUUCACAGAGCUGUAUCUUCCUUCAGAAUGAUUUCUGGAUGUUUUAGCCCAUUUAUAGCUUCUGAACGGUACUGAUAACUUACAGCCACUCAGGUUCUUUUUACUUCAACUGUCCUUAGACUGACCAAUAGCAGUACAAGCCUUGCAUUCCUUUCGAUAAGGUUAAUUUUAACUACGACACAGGGCCUUACUACUUCAAAGCUUUGCUAAAUUUACUAGGCUUUACUUUACACAAGGCCUUACUAUAUCUUAAACUUUAAUUAGGCUCUUAGCAACAACAUACAGCUUAAUAUCUAAACAAAUUCAGAAAAACGCUUGGUCUAAUCUUCAUAGAGCCUUCAGCAAGCACCUUUAUCACACAGACAUAAUUUUCAGCACACUUUAUCUAUGUUUUAUAACUGCACCAAAACGAAACAAGCCCAAAUGUAUUCUAUGGGUACAGGCAGACAUUAAUUUUUCCACACGGUGGAAACUUCGGAAAUCUUUUGCAGAUCGGAAACAUCAUGAGUUGUGUCUUGCCACACCUUCAAGGUUCCUGUCCCUGAAUAGAAAAAAGUGGCACAAGAACUUGAGCUGUUGAGUUUUUACCAGUUGGGGGAGAAGGAGAGCUGACAUCUUCCUCUACUAUCCUGUAGUGCUGUUCUCAUCCUCUAGUCCAGUGUUUCUCAACCCAUGGGUUGUGACCAAAAAGUGGGUAGCAAGAAUAUAGGAAAGGGUUGUGAACAAACUUUAAAAAUUGAUUCUCUUUUAAAGGAGAAAAUGUGGGAAACUAUGGCUUUUCCCUUGCAGGCUGGCAGAGUUCCAGCUUGCAAGGGGCUGCUUGGGGCCCCCAAUGCCCCCCCUCCUCCUACACCACACAUCCACCCCCUGCCCCACAAGCUGGGGGGCAGCAGGUCAGGAGAGAGGGGCACUGAGUUGGGACUGGCCAUUGAUGUUUAAAAAUGGGUCCUAGUACAAAAAAUGUUGACCACUGGUCUAGUCCUCCCAGUAACAUGACAGGGAGAGUUGGUGCCUGGGGCAAACCCAGGAGGAGUGCAGGGAGGGGCACACGGUUCCAAGAGCAGGGGGUGGGAACAGGAUCCGAGAGGUGUGGGGGCACAUGGUUCUGAGUCCAACAAGGGGGCAGGAGGGAGGGAGAGAAAGCAGCCCAAAGCACAGUGAGCUGUCAGCGAGUCCUAUGGGUUGUAUCAGGGGUGGAUCCAGGAUUUGGCAUGGGGGUGCAGGAGCAGCCACUCUUGCUGCUGGGGUGGCUGCACCCUGCUGCCAACCCCCUUCUCUCCCCCCACCGGUAUGUGCAGACUGCAACAUUGGAGCCUCUGGGGACUUUUUUAAAGUCCCUAAAACAGAUAAAAUAUUCCCUCCCUCCAUCCCUUCCCCUGUGUGCUCAAAUGAACAUCCCCUUCCUUCGCCUGCAGUGUCCCAGGCUGGGGAAGGUUCAAAGCCCCUCUUGCCCAUUCCAGCAGGUGAGACAGGGACAGCAGUAGUCAUGGACAUGGGUGUGGGUGUGUUCCUCCACCCUGCCUGCCCCCCAACCCCUCCCCCCCAGAGCAGGUAUAGGAAGAGAGAACCCCCUUGUCAUUGUCUCUGCUGGUGUCACUGUUUCCAGCUGAGCCCAUCUCUGUGCAGCCUGGCUGCAGCAAGCAGGAGCUGCUUUGAAACUUUCUUGGCCCCUGGACAACAGGAAAAGCAGAAGCAGGAGGUUGGGGUGGGAGAAAAGGGAAGAGGACCUUCCUUUGAGAUUCAUAUGCUCUACAGGGACUUCUAAACCCCUCCCACCCAGGGCUACCAGGGUUUGAUCCAGUCCAAAACAGGGGGGUGCACUCCCUUUGUAUCCAUCCCUGGGCUGUGCUGUCCCCACUGUUGGCAGGGGGUGAUGAGGACAGAGCUUCUGUGCUGUCACCAGGGGCUUCUCAGGUAGGAAACAUGGUAGUGCCUGGUUUCUGGGCUUCCUGGACACUCUUUAAAGAGGCCAGCAUGAACAGCAGAUGGUCAGGAAGGAGCAGGGGGCAGAGGUGCAUCACACAGCAAAAGGAGAGAUUUUGGAACUUUGCAUGGAGAUGUCUAAAAUUCUUGGAUCAUUUUUGGACAUGGGAGAAGCUGUUUGCCUUUUGAGCAUGGUUUAGAGGUGCAUGGAGUUAUGCUUACAUUGAUACAAAUGAUGUUGUUUAAUAAAAAUCAUGAAUGUAUUUGAUUAGUCACUAGCUUUGUAAAGGAACUGCCAGAAAUAGAUUUAGGAUUUUACAAAGGGAGGUGUGGUUGC